AUGCAGAGCGGGCGCUGCGGGCGGCGCCCGAGCGCUCCGGUCCCGCCGCGGCGGGCGGUGCCGUGCGAGGCCACACCGCGCGGGGCCGGGCACGGGCGGGGGAGGCGGCGGCGGAGCGCGGCAGGGACCGCGACGCGCUGCGAUGUCCCCGCCGGUAGCGGCAGCCCGGAGCUGGCCCGCGCCUUCCCGGCGGCCGCGUUGCAGCUCUCCGUGUUCCCCCUCUGCAAGUGGCUGCAGCAGCUGUGCCUGGAGCACCGCACCGAGUGGCUGGUCGUGAUCACCGCCAGGCAAGCUAUGGGUGCAGGCACAGAGAGCCGCCAGCAGGAGCUGCUCACCGUCCUGAGAGACCUCAUCAGGCUGGACUUGCUGCCUCAGCUCCACCUUCACUGGCUACUCGAGGAUGGGAUCUGGGCCACGGAAGAAGGCAGCUGGGGGGAGAGCAGCGACUUCUUCAUGGAGCUGGAGAUUGUCAUCCGAAGGUUAGGUCAGAUUUUCAGUGCUGAGCUCUCUCUGGAGAGCUGCAUCACCACCUUGGCUCAGCACUACAAAGAGUGUGUUUCUAAGAUCCCACCUGAUGCCGUGAUGCUCUCUGCUCCCCAUCCUGAUCACUGUGCUGCUCAGGCAGCUCCCCAAAGUCUGCCUAUUUCAGACUCACCUCUUGCCCCUCUGGUGUGCCGGGGUAACACAUCCCAGAGUUCUGGCCAGGCUUCUCCUGCUAUGGCAGCAGCUCAGCAGAAGCAGCAGCCUGUGUCAGCUUCUCUUGCAGCUGUUGAGAGUUGUGUGAUUGUUCCCUGGAGUCCACGAGCUCUCUGAAGCCCUUCAGUGUCAGCCUGAAACACCUCAUCCUCUUCUCCAGAGUGAGCCAGCAAGCUCAGUCCCUGUUUGAUACUGUAUCUUGUGUUAAAACUGGAGGCCACAGAAACCUCAGAGGAUGACAGUGAAGAUUAGAUUACCCAAAGGACUGAAGAUGGCA